ACUACGCUGAAGUUAAACUCUCAACUGAAUUCCUACCACUACUACGAUCUGAACUUAAUUGUUAACACCAACAGGUACGACUACACUACAGUUAAACUCUCAACUGAAUUCCUACCACUACUAUGGUCCGAACUUAAUUGUUAACAUUUACAGAUCUGUUUUCUCAUCCUUUACAAAUUACCUCCUCUCCUUGCUCUGGGAGAAAGUGACAACCGAAUCGCCAUCUGCCAUGGCGAGUAGAGCCUCUCUUCUCAUUUUUCUCUUUUUCUUCUCCUCCGCCUAUACUGUCUUAUCUCUCUACGAAGACCAAGUCGGCCUCAUAGACUGGCAUCAGCGGUACAUUGGAAAAGUGAAGCACGCUGUGUUCCACACGCAGAAGGCUGGGAGGAAGCGCGUAGUUGUCUCCACUGAAGAGAAUGUCAUCGCCUCGCUUGAUCUUCGUCAUGGAGAUAUUUUUUGGAGGCAUGCAUUGGGGCACAAGGAUGUCAUUGAUGGGAUUGACAUUACCCUUGGGAAAUAUGUUAUUACUCUGUCAUCUGGAAGCACUGUAAGAGCAUGGAACCUUCCUGAUGGCCAGAUGGUGUGGGAGUCAUUCAUUGGAGGUUCAAAUCCUUCAAAAUCAUUUUUAGUAAUUCCGUCAAAUUUGAAAGUUGACUGGAAUAGUUUGAUCCUUAUUUAUAGUAAUGGGCAUCUGCAUGCUGUUUCAAGCACCGAUGGUGAGGUUAUCUGGGCAAAGGAGCUAGUAAAAGAGGGUAUUGAUAUUCAGCACAUAGUUCAUCCUGAAGGAACUAAUGAUGUAUAUGCUGUAGGACUUACUAGUUCAUCUCAGUUUGAAGCAUAUAAAAUAAAUGCUAUAAAUGGUGAACUGCUGAAGCAUGAGAGCAUGGUAUUUCCUGGUGGCUUUUGUGGCGAUCUAUCACUGGUCACAAGUGACAGAGUGGUGGGCCUGGAUUCCACUGGGUCAAUUUUACUCUCUAUAGCUUUCAAGGAUGGACUAAUUAACUUCCAACAGGUGCAUAUAGCAGAUCUUGUUCAAGAUUUUACAGGAACAGCAGUGCUCUUACCUUCUAAGCUUAUAGGGAUGGUUACUAUUCACAUAAAUAAAUCUAUACUUUUCAUUAGAGUUACACAUGAAGGGAAAUUGGAGCUAGUUGACAGUGUUGCUUAUGGUGCUGCUCUAAGUGAAUCUGUAUCUGUUUCAGAAGGUCACCAAGCUUUUGGGCUUGUUCAGCAUGACGAUGUUAAGAUUAAUCUGUCUGUAAAAUCAGUCAAUGACUGGGAUAGCAAUUUGCUUGAGGAAAGCUUAAAGUUAGACAGCCAAAAGGGCCUUGUUUACAAAGUUUUCAUCAACAAUUAUAUCAGGACAGACAGAUCUUAUGGAUUUAGGGCCUUAAUUGUCUUAGAAGAUCAUUCUUUAUUGCUAUUCCAACAAGGUGAGGUUGUCUGGAGUAGAGAAGAUGGACUUGCCUCCAUUGUAGAUGUAACAACAUCAGAAUUGCCCUUUGAAAAGGAUGGAGUAUCUGUUUCAAAAGUGGAGCAGAACCUUUUUGAAUGGCUUAAGGGACAUAUGCUGAAGCUUAAACGAACUCUGAUGCUUGCUACGCCGGAUGAUAUGGCAGCCUUACAACAUAUGAGAUUACAAAGCUCUGAGAAAAGCAAAAUGACUCGGGACCAUAAUGGAUUCAGGAAACUACUCAUAGUACUUAGUCGAGCUGGGAAGCUUUAUGCAUUGCACACUGGAGAUGGGCGGAUUGUUUGGUCUUACCUUGUGAAUGCUCUCCGACAAUCCGAAACUUGUGAACAUCCGAAUGGCUUCAAGAUAUAUCAAUGGCAGGUCCCACAUCAUCAUGCCAUGGAUGAGAACCCAUCUGUUCUUGUGGUUGGCAAAUGUGGGUUAAAUUCAGAUGCUCCCAGUGUUCUGUCUUUUGUUGAUGCAAACACUGGGAAGCAACUCAGCUAUGUGAGACCUGGUCAUUCCAUUGCACAUGUUAUUCCUCUCCAGUAUACUGAUUCAACUGAACAACAACUACAUCUACUCAUAGAUACUGAUGGUCAUGGACACUUAUACCCCAGAACUCCUGAGGCUCUUGGCAUAUUCAAACGUGAACUGGGUUACAUAUAUUGGUAUUCAGUGGAAGCCAAUAACAUCUUAAGGGGGCGUGCAUUGAUGGAGAAGUACUUUCAUGGAUUGGAUGAUGAGUACCAUUUUGCAACUAGGGAUGUAUGGUCAGUUGUCUUUCCUCCAGAAUCAGAACACAUAAUUGCCACUGCUACAAGAAAAUCAAAUGAGGUAGUUCAUACUCAAGCCAAGGUAACGGCCGAUCAGGAUGUGACAUAUAAAUACAUAUCUAAGAACAUGCUUUUUGUGGCUACUGUUUCACCAAAAGCAGCUGGUGGUGAUAUUGGUUCAGUAAUCCCAGACGAAUCAUUUCUGGUUGUUUAUCUUAUUGAUACUGUAACUGGUCGCAUCCUUCACCGCAUGGUUCAUCAAGGCUCACUGGGACCUGUCAAUGCUGUGCUUAGUGAGAAUUGGGUUGUCUACCACUACUUCAAUUUAAGGGCACACAGAUAUGAAAUGUCUGUGAUUGAGAUCUAUGAUCAAUCUAGAGCGGAUAACAAAGAUCUCUUGAAACUUGUUCUUCGGAAGCAUAAUCUUACUAAGCCACUUUCAUCUUAUUCACGUCCUGAAGUUUCUACCAAGUCGCAGUCUUACUUUUUUGCGCACUCUGUGAAAACAAUAGCAGUCACUGCAACAACCAAAGGCAUAACAUCCAAGCAGCUUCUUGUUGGUACAGUUGGUGAUCAGGUUUUGGCAUUAGACAAACGCUUUUUAGAUCCGCGGCGCACAGUGAAUCCUACUCAGGCCGAGAAAGAGGAAGGGAUAAUACCUCUUACUGACUCACUACCUAUAAUCCCUCAGUCAUAUGCUACUCAUGCUGUAAAAGUGGAAGGUCUUAGGGGCAUAGUAACUGUUCCAGCAAAGUUGGAGUCAACCACACUUGUUUUUGCUUAUGGAGUUGAUCUGUUUUUCACGCGUCUUGCUCCUUCAAAGACUUACGACUCCCUAACGGAGGACUUCAGCUAUGCUCUCCUUCUUCUUACCAUUGUUGCACUUGUAGUGGCUAUUUUCAUUACUUGGAUCUGGUCAGAAAGGAAGGAGUUGCAGGAGAAGUGGAGAUGACUUGACUCAGGUCACUGCCUAGACCCCUCUUUGAGUGUCAUAUUCCUGUGUUUUGACCUUUUUUUUGUGUUUUACACUCCACUCUCCCGAGGAAGAUUUAGGCAGGCUAGAGUUGUGUAUUUUCAAAUUCCGUCACUUUACCAACGAGAAUGUGCUAGCUUUAAUUUUUUUUUACUUGGAAUGGACACAAUCAUAUUUGUAAGCCUGAAUGAACAUGGCAUAUUGUUAGCAGGUUUGGAUCUCAUUUCCUUUCCAGUUAAAUUUUAGUUUUUCCAAAUAUUGUGUGCAAUUGGAGGCCUCUCAAGAUCACAUCCAUAAAGGAUUUUGAACCCU